GGGAGGUGCGGACCGGAGUGAGAGCGGCCGGACUGCUGACCGCCGGUGGCUGUGGCGCUUGGAGACCCCGGAGCUGAGGCCGAGGCCAUGGCCGCGCUGGGGGCCGCGGCGCGCGCGCUCGCUCUGCAGGGCCGCCCCGGGGGGCUCCGGGCCUGCCUUCCCGGGCCCAGCUGGCCGCACAUUCUGGCCAGAGAGAGCCACUUCUGGGCCACGGCGCUGCUCUCUCUGCGAGCUGCCCUCCCGAUGAGAGGAGAGCCUCUCAGAAAGAAGAAGAAGGUGGACCCUAAGAAAGAGCAGGCCGCAAAGGACCGGCUGAAGAAGAGAAUUAAGAAGCUGGAGAAGGUCAGCCAGGAGCUGAUCCCCAUCGAAGACUUCAUCACUCCUGUGAAGUACCUGCAGGAAGAGAGGCAGCGCCCCGAGCUGGAGCUGCCCUUUGAGGUCAGUGAAAGGAGGACUCUUCUCAUGAAGAGGUGGACCCUCUACAAACAGCAGGAGGCCGAGGCCGAGCAAAGGAAGAUCAAGUCCAUGCUGGAGGCCCAGCAAGAAGCCCUUCGGGAGCUGCGCCAGGAGUCGGAGCUGCUGUAUGAGGCGGCAAUCCAGCGAGACGACAGCCUGUUUCCUUUCGAAAAGGAGGGCCCGACCUAUACCCCAGCCAGUCCUGGCUACCAGGCCCCCGAGGGCAAGUACAACGACGUCACCAAAGUCUAUGUACAGGUGGUGCAAAAGAGGUAGGGCAGAGCCGGGCACCCACCCGUGGGGGCUCGAGGACAACCACAGUGGCCAAAGCCCGCCUUGUACUGUGCGCUUCUGCGGACGAGCCUGGGCCCCACGCACUCAGGAGCUCAGCCCUGCUGUCCUGCCGCCUGUCACGUCCCCUGGGUGGGCUCCUGACCUGCCCGCUCUGGUCUUCAGCCAGGCACAGCACUGGGGAGCCAGAGAAAGGGGGAGUCCGCCCACACAUGAAGGUCUUUCGUUCAUUCUGAGGGGUGGGAGGGAGCCUCACAGGGGAGGCACCAGGCCCUUGUGCAGGGGGAGGUCGGAUGCCGAUUACUCGUAAUAAAAGACCACGAUUCUUAAAUGUUA